UACUGAAGCAACACCAGAGAAAGAAGCGGAAGAAGAGAGAGAAGGAUAUAUAUAUAGCAACAAUGCUGCCCGUCUUCCUCUUCCUUCUCCUCAUCCUCCUGUCCGCCGCCGACGCCUCCGUCCAGGACUUCUGCGUCGGCGACAUUUCCGCCUCUGACACCCCCGCAGGCUAUCCUUGCAAGGACGUCUCUCAUGUCACCACCAACGACUUCGUCUUCAAGGGUCUCGGUAAGGCGGGUAACACCUCAAACAUCAUCAAGGCCGCCGUGACCCCUGCGUUCGUCGGCCAGUUCCCUGGCGUCAACGGACUCGGCAUCUCCGCCGCUCGGCUCGACCUUGCCCCUGGAGGCGUGGUCCCCCUCCACACCCACCCAGGUGGCUCUGAGCUGCUCGUCGUCACGCAAGGCAUGAUCCUCGCCGGCUUCAUCUCCUCCGCGAACGGUGUCUACUACACUACGCUCCACAAGGGGGACACCAUGGUCUUCCCACAAGGCCUGCUUCACUUCCAGGUAAACGCCGGGGGAGUCACCGCAGUGGCCAUCGUCACCUUCAGCAGCCCUAACCCUGGACUUCAGAUAACGGCGUUCGCGCUCUUCGCCAACAGCUUGCCAUCUGCGCUGGUGGAGAAGGUCACCUUCCUCGACGACGCACAGGUGAAGAAGCUAAAAAAGGUGCUCGGAGGAUCCGGUUAAGUUAUUUGACGGUUUCCACCGUCACCGAUAUCUCUCGCUCUCUCUCUCGGAAGUAAGUGUCUGCGUCUGUUGUGAUCGCGAUUCGAGCGAUUCCACCGUCUUCUUGUAUCGGGUCAUGUUGUCCAAAAACUUUGGUUCUACUUAUCAUCACCCUAUGACAUGAGUGAAUAUUUAUUUUGGUGGUGAAAGGUAUCACCUGCUAAAAAAUUUAAUGGUUUAUCGUAA